GUAAAAUAAUAUAGCAAGUACAAAAGAACAUGCCAAAAAUUAGUGAGUAUAAUGAAAAAGAAACUAUGAAAUUGGACGAAUGUUUCAAGGAAACAUUAGCACGUGUUAGACCUUUUGUCUUAGCAUUAACAUCUAUUGAAACUGCAGAAUUAUGCAAAAUUUGGCUUAACAAAUUAAAUUCUGUUACUUCGCAACGUCGCCUAAGAAACGAAUAUCUUACGGAAUUAUUUAGGCAGUUGAAGAUGGGACAUAUUGGAGGAAUAUUUAGUAGACCUCCACCUAAUGGAUUUCUUUUACCAUUACCUAAGUCGUAUCAUAUGGUACCUAUAUUAGAUUUUAUGAAAUUUAUUAUAAUUAAAGAAUAAUUAAUGUGUAAUACAGGUUUGCAUUAGUUCAUCUGUAAGUAACUUAUCAGAUUAUACCAUGACAUCUCAUCAUAGUUGUUUAAAGUCAACGCAUCAGCGAAAUAAAACAUUAUUAAAACAUCGUAUGAUGGAUAUAAAUAUGAAUCAAAAAUGUUUACAUACUAUGAAUCUUUCACCGACUAUUCAAGUUCAUAAUCAAAGUAUAGUAAAAAAAAUGUCGACUAAAAAUUUUUGAGCGGCAUAUUGAUGCACUGAGUUCCGUUAUUGCAGAAUUACAGACUCAAAAUGAAUAUUUAAGGAGAGAAUUGUCAGAAUAUCCAGAAAAUCGUAACAGAAACAUGAAUAAUUACUUAUCUUCAAGUCUUAGUCAAUUAACUACUGAUGUUAUUAAUUUAAAAGCUAAGUUAGUAUGCAAUUAAAUAUAAUAAUAAUAAAGCAGUAGAUUUUAAAUAUUUCUAAAUUGUUAAAGACUGAAAGAGAUGCAAAAGUUGAAAAAUUCUGUGGAUGAAAGUUAUAAAGAUGCUAUUCGAGAAUAUCAUUUAAUAGUAAUGGAACAAUUUACUGAAUUAAAACAACAAUUGCACGAAGCUCGAAUAAAAAACGAAGCAUUGGAUCAUAGUGUAGCUGUAAUAGCUAAAAAAUUGGAACAAAUCAACCAUGGUAAGGUAAGAAGUAGAAACUUUGUUUAUAUAAAAUGAAAAUCAUAAAAUAUAUUUUAAAGAAUGAGCAAAAUAUAGAAAUGGAAGAACAAUGGAUAGAUAAAAUAAUGACAAUAUGUGAACAGUUUGAUUCAUUUACAAAAGA